ACUGGGGGCACUGGGCUGGGCACCUCCUUAUCAUUGUUACUUAAGGGAAAAGGAAAAGGCAGUUCCUGCCUGACUGUAUCACAGUGACUGUCCCUUCCUGCACUGGAGACAAAGUCUCACACGGGACUAAUGGGGAGCUCGGCCAGUAGCCUCAAGGACCUGCGGGGACCCCUCUCCCUAAACUUCUGCCGGAAAGAGGGGCCCCUGCCCGACGAUGAAGAGGAGGAGUCACUGACGGACAAGAGGAGUGAGAGCUCCACCAAUGGGGGCCAAGCUCAGACUCAGAAAUGUGUUCGAGUCCGGAACUGGGAAAGCAGAACCCUCUCUUAUGAUACCCUGAAUGUGCAGACAGUAAAGGAUGUCCCCUGCACCAGAUCCCGAUGUCUGGGUUCCGUCAUGUUCCCCUCCCAACUCACCUGCCCAUUGCAAGAAGGACCAAAGAGCCCGGAGGAGCUGCUUCCCAAAGCCAAGGAUUUUAUCAACCAAUAUUACAGCUCCAUCAAACGGGCCCAAUCUAAAUCUCACCUGGAGAGACUGAAAGAGGUGGAGGAGGAGAUUGUAUCUUCAGGAACCUACCAGCUGAAGCAAAAUGAACUGAUAUUUGGUGCCAAACAGGCUUGGAGAAAUGCCUCCCGCUGUGUGGGCCGGAUACAGUGGUCAAAGCUGCAGGUGUUUGAUGCGCGGGAUUGCAGGACAGCACAUGAGAUGUACACUCACGUCUGUAACCACAUUAAAUAUGCCACCAACAGAGGUAACAUCAGAUCCGCCAUCACUAUCUUCCCACAAAGGACUGACGGAGCCUCCGAUUUCAAGAUCUGGAACAGCCAGUUCAUUCGCUAUGCGGGAUACAGACAAGCGGACGACACUGUGGUGGGGGAUCCUGCCAACGCCGAUAUCACUGAGCUUUGCAUCCAGUUGGGCUGGAAACCCAAAGGUGGGAGAUUUGACGUGUUACCCCUACUGCUCCAGGCCAAUGGAGAUGACCCAAAACUCUUCGAGAUUCCUCCUGAACUGAUAUUAGAAGUACCACUACGGCACCCCACAUACGGGUGGUUUGCAGAUUUGGGCCUGAAAUGGUACGCCUUACCUGCCGUCAGUAACCUACUGCUGGAGAUUGGUGGGCUGGAAUUUCCCGCUGUACCCUUUAAUGGAUGGUACAUGGGCACUGAAAUUGGCAUGCGCAAUCUGUGUGAUUCCUACAGAUACAAUAUUACAGAGGAAGUAGCCAAGGGACUGGGAUUGGACACCAAGAAAAUGUCCUCUCUAUGGAAAGACAGAGCUGCCUUGGAAGUCAAUAUUGCUGUUCUGUACAGUUACCAGGCUGACAAAAUCACCAUUGUGGACCAUCAUGCGGCUACUGAGUCUUUCAUGAAGCACAUGGAACAUGAGAUCCGACAGAGAGGGGGUUGUCCAGCUGACUGGGUUUGGAUAGUACCACCCACAUCUGCAAGCCUCACACCUGUGUUUCACCAAGAAAUGGCCAAUUACUAUCUGUCUCCCUCUUUCCUCUAUCAGCCAGACCCAUGGAAACACCAUGUCUGGAAGGGAUCUCAGAGCACAAUCACCAGAAGGAGAACGUUCAAGGAAGUGGCCAAUGCAGUAAAAUUUUCAGCGAAACUGAUGGGAAAAGCCAUGGCACGCAGGGUGAAAGCCACUAUUCUCUAUGCCACAGAAACCGGCAGGUCUGAGACCUAUGCCCAGAAGCUGUGCAAGAUAUUCAGCUAUGCAUUCGACCCCAAGGUGAUCUGCAUGGACCAGUAUGAUAUUGUCAACUUGGAGCAUGAGACUCUGGUUCUUGUGGUCACCAGCACAUUUGGUAACGGAGACCCUCCAGAGAAUGGCGAGGCAUUUGCUCAGGAAUUGAUGGAGAUGACCUCCCCUAGCACAUUGGCACUGGCUCCAGAACAGCAGAAGAGCUACAAGAUCCGGUUUAACAGUGUGUCCCAAGGGGACCAACUCGUCUCCUCAUGGAAGAACAAAAGGAAAGAAUCGAGUAACACAGACAGCGCGGGGCCCCUGGGCACACUCAGGUUCUCAGUUUUUGGCUUGGGGUCCCGGGCCUACCCUCAUUUUUGUGCAUUUGGCCAUGCGGUGGACACAAGGCUGGAGGAACUUGGUGGGGAGAGGAUCAUGGAGAUGGGAGAAGGUGAUGAGCUCUGUGGACAAGAAGACUCUUUCCGAAUCUGGGCCAAAGCUGUAUUCAAGGCUGCUUGUGACACCUUCUGCGUUGGAGAUGACUCAGACAUUAUAGUCAAUGACUUGUUCAAAGCCAAAGGCAACUGGAAUAGGUCACAACACCGGUUGUCCAUCCAGGCCUCAGCACCCGACCUCAUUACAGGCCUCGGCCAGGUGCAUAGAAGGAAAGUCUUUGAAGCUAAAUUCAUUUCUAGGCAGAACUUGCAGAGUGAGAAGUCCAGCCGAUCCACCAUCUUGGUUCAGCUCAGCACUGAGGACCAGCCGGAACUAAGUUACUACCCUGGAGAUCACCUGGGGAUAUUCCCAUGUAACCGAGAGGAACUGGUGGUGGAUUUGUUGGAGAGAGUGGAAGAUCCUCCUCCUUCCAAUGAUACAAUACAGGUGGAGACACUCAACACAGAUCAAAAUGGCCGGUUUGGUACCAGUCAGAAGAUGAAAUGGCUCUCAGACACUAGACUCCCUCCCUGCACCCUGAGGCAGGCACUUACCAAUUAUCUGGAUAUUACUACCCCUCCUACACCUCAACUGUUGCAACUCCUCAGUGCACUGUGUGAGGAUCUAGAAGAGAAAAGGAAAAUGGAAACACUCAGUCAGGAUUCCAGGCUGUACGAGGAAUGGAAGUGGUUUCGGUGUCCCACCUUGGUUGAGGUUCUGGAGGAAUUUCCAUCCGUGAGUCUCCCCAGCUCCUUGCUCCUCACUCAGCUCCCCCUCCUGCAGCCACGCUACUACUCUAUCAGCUCCUCCUCUGAUGUAAAUCCAGGGCAGAUACACCUCACUGUGGCCGUUGUGUCCUAUCAUACUCAGGACAAUAAAGGGCCCCUGCACUAUGGAGUCUGCUCUACUUGGCUGGACCAGUUGGCUGCUGGGGACUCUGUGCCAUGCUUUGUCCGUGGAGCGCCAACAUUUCAUUUGCCAUCUGACAACACUGCCCCAUGCAUUCUGGUGGGUCCUGGUACUGGAAUUGCUCCAUUCCGGGGCUUCUGGCAGCAUCGACUUUAUGAAGUUGAAAAAAAUGAUCAAGUGCCUGGAAGCAUGACUCUGGUCUUUGGCUGCAGAUGUGCAGAACUUGAUCACAUCUACAAAGAGGAGACCCAAGAAGCCAAGAACAAAGGAGCCCUGAGUGACAUCUACACGGCCUUCUCCAGGGAGCCUUACAUGCCCAAGACCUACGUGCAGGACAUAUUACGCACACAACUGGCGUGUGAGGUGUAUGAAGUUCUGUGUCAGAGCGGGGGGCACAUGUAUAUCUGUGGUGACGUCACAAUGGCUACAGAUGUUCUGCAAACAGUUCAGCUGAUCCUCGUGUCUCAGGGGGACAUGAGCAUUGUGGAGGCUGGAGAAUUUAUCGGGGAACUGAGGGACCAGAACAGAUACCAUGAGGACAUCUUUGGCAUCACUCUGAGGACUCAGGAGGUGACCACAAGAGUGCGGUGUCAGUCCAUGUCCCUACAGGAGAAGAGAGAGAAAUGAUGGAAACUGCCAAGAGACAGCAGAGAAGGACAGACAGACACAUAACAACAAUGUCCUGUGCAAUUCAUGAGGGGAACAUACUCUGGGGCUCAAACAGAUUGAUGGGAAGUUUAGUAGGAGAAUGAAAAAAAGAUGGGCAGCUCCAAAAAUACCCAUGACUUUCCUGUAUAUUGAAUCUAGGAUCAUGAAGCCAGAGAGUCUGCAUGUGGUCUCUUUUAUUGGGAGGAGCAUGUGGCCUAAUAAAUGAGCCAGUAUGUCCCACUGCACACUCUCUGGACUCUCAUGCCCCCAUUCCCAGUCCUGGUUGUGAGAAUUCCCAAUCACCUCCUGACAGACAGGCCUGGGGCUUAAUUCUUAUGCUGCUGUGGAGGAUUUAGAUAGGAUUCUGGGAGUUGCAGUUGUUUGGUUGGACAUGCCUUGAGUAAACACUAAACAUAUUAAAUAAUGA